AUGCCAUUCAAGUACAUCACAAUCCUUGCACUUUUCGCUGCUGCCGUCAAUGGCGGAGUAUUACCAUCAUAUUAUCAGCAUCAUCCUGAACCAGCUCCCCAAGUAUAUCAUCCUGUUGCAGUUCCCACAACCGUUGUUAAAACUGUUGCUCCCGUUGCUUAUGCCCAUGCCAAGCCCGUUGUGGUGAAACAUGAUGUCCACUAUGAUGAUCAUCCUCAAUAUAAUUUCAACUACGAUGUGAAUGAUGAAUAUACCGGUGAUGUCCACAGCCAUACGGAAGAACGUGAUGGUGAUGUUGUUCGUGGUGAAUAUUCAUUGAUUGAUUCUGACGGUUACAGACGUGUUGUUCAAUAUACCGUUGAUCCUCAUAGUGGAUUCAACGCUGUCGUUAACCGUAUCCCCUUGGACCAGGUAAAGACAAUUGUUAAGAAAGUUACCCCCGUAACUUAUGUUGCUCCAACUUCCACAAUUGUUAAGCAAUAUCACGCUGUACCACAAGUCUAUCAUGAACAUCAUUAG